CUAGAUAUGCUAUAAUUCAAUCCUCAGAAAUAUAGUCAUACAGGGCCAUUCCUUACUGAGAAAUAAAAGUAGCUCUACAUAAAGGCUAUAGCGGUGGCUGGCAGGUCGAAGGACGGGUGUUUAUAUUAAACGUCUCUGAUAAAUGGUCCAGUAAACAAUGGAAAUCAUGAAUACUGCCGAUUUGCAGACGCAGAUAACAUCUAUAAUGGAAAUGUUGGCGAAAACAGCUGUUGUUGAAAUAGGCAAACUUUUCGAGGAGAAUUCGUUGCUGCUGCGAUUGGAGAUUUCACGAUGUACGAACGAAAAUGAAUCUCUGAAAAAGAAAUGUCAUUUUCUGGAGAGUGAACUUCAGUCUGCUCGGAAAACCGCUGGAAAGAUGAAGGGAACAGAAGCUCCAUUCAGCCAUCCGGGACUUCGAGAGUCUGGACGUCGCCCCGGAGUUGACAAUGUCUUCGGUAAGGAAUGGUGCAUGAACCUCUGGAGACACCAGGAGUCAAAUGUUGGUGAGCAGGAGGACGACACACACCUGGACUCAUCAACCAUGACAGAAGAGCCAGUAAAUUUGCUGGAUGAAGAACCAGAUAUGAUCAUGAUCAAGGAGGAGACAUUUGACGAUUGCGCUAGGAAAAGUAAACGUAAUGCAGACCAAAGGAGCGGUUUGAGAGGUCCAGUAAUGACCAGUGAUGAGAGAUGUGUUGCCCAGAGCUCUGAGGAUUUUAUCACAUACACCGUACCUUCAGAUGAGCAAGUCCAAGCGAACGUGCAACAGCCGCAAGCCGAAGAACAACUUCUUGAAGGAACAAUUUCGAUACAUGGAGACUGUACAUCAGAGCAAAAUUUCCACAGUACACACAACCACUCAAAUAUUUCAGAAGAGAAAAGGUUCGAGUGUGUAUUCUGUCGAAGGAACUUCAACAAGUUAACCUACCUGAAAGCACACAUGCGAACACACUCCGGAGAAAAACCUUAUGUCUGUACAGUUUGUGGUAAAAGAUUCGCUCAAAAAACGUACCUCAGAAUACACCAGCGCACUCAUUCAGGCGAGAGGCCGUACGCGUGCAUGGAGUGUGGAAAGAGCUUCGCUCAAAAGAGUUCUCUAAACGUUCACCUCCGAAGCCACACCGGAGAAAAGCCGUACAGCUGCUCAGAGUGUGGGAAAAGCUACGCGUACAAACAGGGUUUCAAUACACACCAGUGCUUUGGUUAGACUUAACGGAAUUAUAUCUGUAUCUGCCAUAUGAAACAUUAACCAAUUGGAAAUAUGUCCAAUGUUUGUCCACGGAAAUGUACCGGUACGUCCUUUAACAUUGUUUGGAGUCGUGUUAUACGGAAGCAUCUAGAUGUGUGUAUUGAUUUUAAAAAAAAAAGAAAUAAACUUGACUUGUGAAAUCA